AUGCAUGGGAGCGUAAGCCCGCGGAGUUACCGGGCCGCACUGCUGGAACAGUUUACCGCUAACAAGAACAGCAGCAGCAGCAUCAGUUACAACCCAAUGACGUCAUCAUCACAGCGGAGGCGGCAGCAAUGCGACAGUGUCGUUAUUGAGAACAGCAGCCUGCUGGGAAAGUACGGUGACCUCCUGGACACAACAGCCGCAACGAUAACAACAUCGGCAUAUGGUGGAUUAAGACGUGCUAGCCACCCGAACUCUCGUGUGAUUGAGUUUAUUGAUCACUGUGUUGCCAAAGGCGUUCCGGAGUCUCUUAUUGUUGAACAUGUUAUGUUUAUGGUGAACGCAAUGCAGGAACAAAUCAGCAUGAACGAAGCGCUACACGCACGUUAUCAAUAUGACCGUCUACGUCAGUACGAGAUGUUGGAGCUGAAGAAGACGUUGGAGCGGCAGCGGGUAUUCUACGACCAGCAGCCGAAACAACAACAACAACAAGGACCACAAGCGUUGUAUCGUCAUAACAGUUUAGAGAAUAUCGAUGCUACGAGGAGUCAGAGGCGUAGAGGCCACACACCGUCAGGCAGGGAUGUGUGGCACUCGACGAGCGCACCCGCCGUCACUGCAACCGACAGUGCUGCGUCUGGUGUGGCCCAUGGUGGUGGUGGUGCAUAUGUGCGUGGCAAGGCAGAGCCUAUGGUAGCGGCGGUGGUGCACAGCCGCGCAACGGGACGUUCCCUGCGGCCUCCAAGCAGCAGUGAACGGAACGCGCAGGCAGUCUUCACACAGACCCCACGCGUAGACUCUGAGAAACUGGCCUCCAGUCGGCCUCGUGCUACGACCGCAUCGACCUUUCACCGUUUCAUGCGGCCGACGGAUGCCAGCUACCGAAAAGAACGACAGAAACGCACUUCCGUAACUGAGGAAGAAGAGCAACACCAACAGCAGCAGAAGCAGAAACAGAGGCCGAAGCACCAGCAGCUGCUCCCCACGGAUGCAGCCCGCCGCAGCCAAACACGCGGCCCAGUGUCUAACAAGGAUGCAGCUGCGUGGCGGGGGCGCCAGCGGCUUUUGGGUGAGACGGGCAUCAGCGUCGUAGAGAGUUCGACGUGGUCUGAUGAUGAUUCGCCCCUUCCACGCAUCCGCCACUGGAGAAGCCCCGGCUCUACAGAAGAUGCAGGGCCACAACAGAGACGAGAAGAGCAGCAGGAGGAGGAGGAGGAGGAGGAGCGCGUCACAACAGUCGUCGUAAAAACCGCAGGCUCGUCACAGCCCUUUUCACCGUUACCCACUGAAAAGACGCCCAGCAAUGAUGCAACAGCAGUGACGGCUGUGUACCCUGUGGAAAAGGUAGAGACGAUGACAGCGUGGCAGAGCGGAGCGCAGUAUAAAGCUGCCGGUGUUGCGUCCGCACCCGUGAUGUCGGUGCAGGCUCCGUCGUACGUUCCCAGCCCCCAGCUACAGGCAUACAUUGAGCAGAGUCAGCGCAAGGUGCGAGAGGCGGAGCGCUUGUUGUCGAAUACGCCUGGGCGCACCGGGAGCAGCAUCCAGCGAGUCCGUCGCAGCGCCACCCGCUCGCCCCUCUCAGACGUAUUGUCUGAACUCUCGGACGAGUAG